ACCACGUGACGCCGAUCGGCACGUGACACCAUCACGAGCGAAGUGGAGACUCUGGGAGAGUAAGCGGCAGGCCGGCGGGCUCUCGCGAGACCCUCGGCUCACGUGACCGGCGGGCGCGGCACUGUUCACGUGACAGGCGCUGCCGGCCGCAGGGUCUUCUCGGUGCCGGCGCCGCAGCUGCCGGGCCUCUCGAGUCGGUGGACGCGCCCUCCCGCCGGCCUCGCCGCCCGCGCAACCGCCGUCCUUCGGCCUCGGCUGCGUCGCGCCAUGGCGGCCCCGGGCGCCCGGCGGCCGCUGCUCCUGUUGCUGCUGGCAGGCCUUGCACACAGCGCCCCAGCACUGUUCGAGGUGAAAGACAACAACGGCACAGCGUGUAUAAUGGCCAGCUUCUCUGCCUCCUUUCUGACCACCUAUGAGGCUGGACAUGUUUCUAAGGUCUCGAAUAUGACCCUGCCAGCCUCUGCAGAAGUCCUGAAGAAUAGCAGCUCUUGUGGUGAAAAGAAUGCUUCUGAGCCCAGCCUCGCAAUCACCUUUGGAGAAGGAUAUUUACUGAAACUCACCUUCACAAAAAACACAACACGUUACAGUGUCCAGCACAUGUAUUUCACAUAUAACCUGUCAGACACACAAUUCUUUCCCAAUGCCAGCUCCAAAGGGCCCUACACUGUGGAUUCCACAACUGACAUCAAGGCAGACAUCAACAAAACAUACCGAUGUGUCAGCGACAUCAGGGUCUACAUGAAGAAUGUGACCGUUGUGCUCUGGGACGCCACUAUCCAGGCCUACCUGCCGAGUAGCAACUUCAGCAAGGAAGAGACACGCUGCACACAGGAUCAACCUUCCCCAACUACUGGGCCACCCAGCCCCUCACCACCACUUGUGCCCACAAACCCCACUGUGUCCAAGUACAAUGUGACUGGUGACAAUGGAACCUGCCUGCUGGCCUCUAUGGCACUGCAACUCAACAUCACCUACAUGAAGAAGGACAACACGACUGUGACCAGAGCAUUCAACAUCAACCCAAGUGACAAAUAUAGUGGGACUUGCGGUGCCCAGUUGGUGACCCUGAAGGUGGGGAACAAGAGCAGAGUCCUGGAGCUGCAGUUUGGGAUGAAUGCCACUUCUAGCCUGUUUUUCCUGCAAGGAGUUCAGUUGAACAUGACUCUUCCUGAUGCCAUAGAUCCCACGUUCAGCACCUCCAACUAUUCCCUGAAAGCUCUUCAGGCCAGUGUCGGCAACUCAUACAAGUGCAACAGUGAGGAGCACAUCUUUGUCAGCAAGGCGCUCGCCCUCAAUGUCUUCAGCGUGCAGGUCCAGGCUUUCAGGGUGGAAAGUGACAGGUUUGGGUCUGUGGAAGAGUGUGUACAGGACGGUAACAACAUGCUGAUCCCCAUUGCUGUGGGCGGGGCCCUGGCAGGGCUGGUCCUCAUCGUCCUCAUUGCCUACCUCAUCGGCAGGAAGAGGAGUCACGCGGGCUAUCAGACCAUCUAGCCUGGUGGGCAGGUGCGCCACAGACGCACACGGUCCUGUUCUCACAUCCCCAAGCUUAGAUAGGUGUGGAGGGGAGGGAGGUACACUUGUGGCAAACUGUUUUCACAUCUGCUUUAUCAAAUGGGAAGCUCAUCUUGCAACAUUUACUAUGCACAAAGGAAUAACUAUUGAAAUGACGGUGUUAAUUUUGCUAACUGGGUUAAAUAUUUUGCUAACUGGUUAAAUGUUAAUAUGUUACCAAAGUAGAGCUCUAAAGAGGACAAGAAGGCUCCACGCAUUUGACUUUUAAGACUUGGUGUUUGGUUCUUCAUUCUUUUACUCAGAUUUACGCCUUACAAAGGGAAUCUCUGGUCCAGACACUUGGGCCUGGCAAGGGUGGCUGAUGGUGGUUAGGCUGCACACUUGAGAAGCGAACAGGAGCAGGGACGUCCUGCCACACAGGCACGCACAGGGUCAGCCUCUGGACACUUAGCUUGGGCUGCCUGGCCUGGGGGGCUGGACUCUGGCAUCUGGCUGGGCACACCCACCAGUGUUUCCGUGCUCUGCCGCCCGUGAGCUACCACUUUCCUAAAUAGAAAAUGGCAUUAUUUUUAUUUACUUUUUGUAAAGUGAUUUCCAGUCUUCUGUUGGCGUUCAGGGUGGCCCUGUUUCUGCACUGUGUACAGUAAUAGAUGCACACGGCUGACUGUCCUGCAGCCUAGGUGGGUUGUACACUGAGCAUCAGCUCACGUAAUGCAUUGCCUGUAACGAUGCUAAUAAAACGUCUCCUUCUUA